GAAAGAGAUCAAAGCAAAAUGGGAAGAAUCAUAGAAGCCAAAACAAUAGGCAUCAAUCAAGCUGGAUUAGGUAGUAAAUCAUUGAUUGUGGGAGUCGAAAGUUUAAAUGAACAACAACAAUCUAGUAAUGGUGCUCAAAGUGAUUGGAGAGAAAAAGCUCGUGAAGCUAGUUGGAAAAGGUAUCAUGGUGUUUGAAACUUCAAACAGAAUGUUUUGUUUUGAUCACCAUAUGGGUUUUUUAUGCAUUUGAUUAUGUGAUUUUUUCAGGUUGAUUGGUUUUGCUGUUGAAUUACAUCACAGAGUUUGAAUUGGUAAGGUUUGAAUUGAAGUGUAGUGUAUUAUGAUUUUGGAGUGAGUGGUGUAUGAUUUGGAGGAUGAUUGUUAUGAAUUGUUGAUUUUUUUUGAAUUUGUGUAAAAUAUGUUUUGUUAAAGAAGUUCUUACUACUACCUACCUUAGGUCUUGAUUAUUUUUUGAUUGCUUUUUGAUUUUUUUCAUUAUUUUUAGUAGAUUCAGAAGGUUAUCAAAACUUUGUUGAAGAUUUGUUUUUUUGAGUUUGUUUUCAAACUGUCAAGUUCUUUAUUGUCAAGGUUAAAGGGACCUGUGAU